UGAAUAUUGAAGGCCAUUUAAGAGGAGGCUUCGGCUCAGCCGUUACUUCUUCUAAUCGGACUGGACCACUGUUCAGAACAGACCAUCUAGUUUAAUUUUCUUGUGAAAAUAUCAUUUUGUUCCUAAUAUCGUCUGCUUCAUAUUUUCGGGGAUUUACAACAACUCGUUCCCCCUGCAUUCCUUGUGAUGGGCUGUAUUGUAAGCUCUGUCGCCUGUUGCUUUUGCAGCUCUGCUGCUAGCUUAUGCUGUUCUUGUCUACCUGGUUGCAAGUCUUCGACAUCCUCACGUAUUAUGUUUGGUGUUAUCAUUAUCCUUACAGUCCUGCUUUCAGUUAUCGCACUUAUUCCUAACGUUAGAGAUGGCUUAACCAAAAUUCCUGCUCUUUGUACUCCUUUUAAAUUUUCUCCGUUUUCGGAUGAAACAAAGGCCGUUCUCGAUUGUGAUGUUAUUACUGGUUUCGGAGCUGUUUACCGUGUUUGUUUUGCGUCAGCUAUGUUUUAUCUUGCGUUUUGCUUAAUUAUGAUCCGAGUUCACUCAUCCAGGGACUGUAGAGCGAAGUUACAAAACGGGUUUUGGUUUUUUAAGUAUCUUUUUUGGCUUGGUUUAUUGGUCAGUGCAUUCUUCAUACCUGUUGAAGGUUUUACAGUUACAUGGAUGUACAUCGGAAUGAUCGGUGGCAGUUUGUAUAUUUUAAUACAAUUAAUUCUUCUUGUGGAUUUUGCUCACUCAUGGAAUGAAAACUGGCUAACACAGUAUGAAGAAACCGGGAGUAGAUGUUAUGCACUUGGUCUGAUCUUCUUCACUUUUUUCUUUAAUGCACUUUCAAUCGCUGGGACAAUACUCCUGUUUGUUUUUUACGCAAGUGCUUCACAAUGUGGAUUAAAUCAGGCUUUAAUCAGUUUAAAUCUAAUUUUCUGCUUCUGUGCAUCAGUCAUUUCGGUCAUGCCGAAGGUGCAAGAACAUAUGCCACAGUCUGGUUUGCUACAGUCUUCAAUCAUCACCGCCUAUGUAACUUUCUUGACAUGGUGUGGUUUAACAAAUGGUCAAGAUCCAGCAUGCAAUCCAUCUUUAGCUUUUAGAAACAGUACAACUACACCGGAUGGUUCAGUUGUUUUGAAUUUCGAUCGACACAUUGCCAUUGGUAUAGUGGUGCUUAUUUGCUCUGUCCUCUACUCCACUCUUAGAUCUAGUACAAAUUCAUCAGCUGUAAAAUUUCUUAUUUCCGGUACAGAAGAUACAACUCUAGCUGAACAAUUCUCCAAUGCUGAUGAUGAUAACGAUGAUGGCAAUAGACAUGGUCAAAAAGUAUGGGAUAACGAAGAGCAUGGUGUAGCUUACGAUUAUUCCAUGUAUCAUUUUAUGAUGUUCUUAGCUUCACUUUAUGUUAUGGUAAUGCUUACUAAUUGGUUAAAACCACAAAGUGAUUUAAAAACACUAACUAGUAAUUCAGCUAGUUUUUGGGUACGUAUUAUAAGCAGUUGGGUAUGUUUAGGUCUCUAUGUUUGGACAUUAAUUGCACCGGCAUUAUUUCCUGAUCGUAUAUUUUAACCAAAACUUCCCUUUUAAACACAAACAAACACUCAUUGGAUGAUUGAUCAUUUUCAUUGGAACACAAAUCAAUUCUUUCAAAUUUUGUUUUAAUUAUUGUGAUUCAUGUGACUUUUAUAAAUUUUAUGCCUGAAAAUUGAAGAAUCAUCAUAUGAACAUUUCAUUGGACAAUAAUUAUGAUUUUGAUUGGAUUUAUAUAACUGGUAACAUUAUGUCAUAACUGAUUAUGUAAUCUCUAUUUCUCUAUAUAUAUAUAUUUCUAGUCAGUUCUCUCUCUCUCUCUGUGUAGUAUGUGUUCAUUAAUAUGCAUAGAUUUCAUUUUUUUAUCAAUCAUUAAAAUGCUUUUCAUUUGUUGGCAUUUUUCUCAUUUUAAAUAUGAUAUAUAAAUAUAUAUACAUAUUUCGUCUGUUGUCGAUCACAAAACACUUUUUCAUUCUAUUGAAACAGUAUAAAACACAUAUGUGUAUGUAUGAGCAUAAUAAUAAUAAUAAUAUUGAC